AUGGCUUUCUCUGACGUCUGCGUUCUCCUGCUCUUAUGCAAUCUGAGUGUGGCUCUCGCAGAAGGCCCUGUGUCGUGCUUCAAGAUUGAGCUCGGGACGGUGGCUGGUGUGGUGUGUGUGGACAUCAUUCUCACAGUGGCCAUUGUCGUUGCCACUUACUACUGCGCCCGAAAUCACCAACACAGAACUCACAAAGCUGAGCAAACCUAUAUGAACAUCCGGGCAAUAAGCAAGAUAUGA